AUGAAUCGCUCACGAAGUAGUAGGGUGCGGGUCUUCAUUGGCUGCGUGUGCCUCCUAGCGCUUACAUAUAUCGUGCCGCACGUACAGGCCCUCACGUUAGGCUGUGAAACAGUGUGGAAACAGGCCAGCGCUGGCAAUAACUUGUGGGACUGCCUAAAGGAUAAACAACGCAUUGGAAGUCACUGGCGGUACUACGUUUAUCCGGGAUUCGCGGCCCUUUUCUUUGUUUUGCUUCUGGCAUUGUUUCCCAUUGUUUUCUGUAUCUGCAUCACCAAUGGAUGCUGCUGUCGCACCUGCUGUUUCCCCACCAGCCCAGCACAGCACUAUAACGGGCCAUGCUGCCUGUACGCCGCGGCGUUCAUAGCAAUCCUGUGGGGCGCUGGGGCAACUGUUGCUAUUAUCAUGGGCGCGAAUACAAUUCACACCGGCACGAAAGAUGCUCUCUAUAAUGCGAAGUACAAAUGUGCACAAUAUUACAAUGACACUGCAAACGAGGUGCUCGCGUAUGCCACCAACGGAUUGGAAAAUUCACCCGAUGUUCCACCCUCAUUUGUUUCCAGCACUGCCAUCAUAUUUGAUAUUGCCGCGAACCUCACGGACACCAUUGAUGACGUUGACAACAAAUACCUCAAGUACGUAGAUGACGCCGUCAUUGUAUCGUAUGCCAUUGGCUGGCUUCCGUUCGCUUUGCUGUUCUUUACACUCAUCUUCUCAUGCGCUCAUGUCACACGAGGAUUUCCGGCACUCUGUUCGUGUAUUUACUUCUUCGUGGGACUUGUGUUUUCAUUGAUCGCCGUCAUCUUUCUCGUCGCUGCGUAUUUCAUGAGCGCCGCCAACGGCGAAGUGGACCGUCAAGUCGAUCGUAUGCCUGGUGUACUGCAGUGGUACGCCGUACCGUACUUUGACAGGAACGUACAGCCAGACCUCGCAAAUCUCGACACGCAGCUGGAGAGUCUCUUCACAGCGCGGCUUGCUGUAGCAUGCGAUAGGAUUAAUACUUUCUGCAGCAGUCAACCCGAGUAUGCAACCGCCACGCCCUUCUUCUGCGCUGAAAGAGUGAUGUGUACUUCGCUGGAACAACUUCUGCAGCUCACGAUGACUGUGCCGGUGAAGGACCCUACGAUGUGCACGCCAGGCCCGUCCGACGCUCCAAGCGACACGGCAUGCACCAUCGGGUACUGCGCGCAACACUGCCUCUCGGAGGCUGCGGCCGCCGCGCGUGACGCCAGCGUGAGCGUUAUGUCAGCAGUCUACAGCACCAAGAACUCGACCAUCGCGGAGGACCUCGUGGUGUCGCUACGGGAAUCAAACAUGAUUGCCGACACGCUGCUGUGGGCAACAGAUUCUUUCCCUGACAUUCGUGAGGGGUUUUGGAUGGCUGGAAGCGGCUACUUUAUCGCAGUGCUCGUGUUUGCGAUCGGUAUCUACAUCAUGCUGCGCGGAAGAGUGGUCUGGGGCGAGUACGUUGAGCGGGACAAGCGCGUAUAG